AUGCCAGGUAAUGAUGUUCUUCGGUCGUUGAGACUGCUGUCACGCAGCUCGGGCGGACUCAUGUCAGGCCCCAAGCAAGUGACGCAACGAUGCCUUACACGCUCAAUGGCAACGGAAGUCCAGACACCAUCACCCGUGGUGCCACAAGAUGCCCCCGAGGCCGACCGCGCCGUUCGACCAGGAGGCCUAACCCCUGUUCAAGUCAUGACCUAUCGCUGGCCUGACUUGAAGCCCGAGCGAUUGGUCCACUACUCCAAGAGGCUCCUCCAGAUGCCCAUUCGUCACGAUAUUCUCCACCGCGCAGUUGUCUACGAGGGUGACGCCACACGACAGGGUACAGCCAGCACCAAGUGGAGGGACGAUGUGCACGGUAGUCACAGGAAGCUGUACGCACAAAAGGGCUCCGGUCGUGCGCGUGCGGGUGACAAGCAAUCGCCAGUGCGACGAGGUGGUGGUGUUGCCCACGGUCCUCAUCCUCGUGACUUCUCGACUGAUCUGCCACGCAAGAUCUACGACCAAGCCUGGCGUAUCGCCCUCAGCCACCGUCUUUCACGCGGUGAAUUGAUCGUCAUUGACAACGUUAUUGACCUCGCCCCCGAUGCGACCCCGUUCUUCGUCAAGAAUCUCCUCCAAGCUCACCAAUGGUUCCUGAAGGGCCGCUCGACUUUUAUUACACUGGAGCCAAAUGAGAGCUUCUCCAGUGCGGUUGAGAAACAUCCCCGCAAGGCACGGCAUUUGAGCACUGAAGAUCUCGAUGUUAAGGAUCUUUUGGAGACAUCAAGAUUGAUUAUUGAGCGAAACGCGCUCCACAAGAUUUUGCUUGCACACAGGACAGAUUUGCCCAAGUCUGACACCCUCUUUUCGCCUUCAAUUGACGGAAAGAAAGUAUUGACGCUGGAGGCUAGCCAGCUGGUGUCUACAUGGGAGGCUUGA